ACUGUUGCAAGUCCCAUGUGAGGCACUAUGCAAAGAGUGAUAUACAAUGAAAGGUCCUGUGAGGUUCUGCAGGUUUCGAAAUAUGGUGGACAUGCCUUUGAGUGGCCGAGGGAAAUGGCGGCGUCGAGGAGGUUCCUAUCGUCACAGUUUCAUCUCCAACGCCUCUCAGGAAUCAGCAAAAACGUUUGCGGACGCGGAGGAGGAGUUUAUACACGCCGCAGAGUUUGGCGACAUUCCCAAUGUGAAGAAGUUGCUGGCCGAGUACCCGGAACUCAACCCUGACUGCAUUGAUGCCUUGGGCAGGACGGCCUUACGUCUCGCCGUCAAGAACGAGCAUUUGGAGGUGGUAGAGGUUCUUCUGGACCGGUCAAACCAACAGCACAUCUACGAGGCGGUUCUCCAGGCCAUCAGCGCCGGCCAUGUCCAGAUAGCCGAGACUAUCCUGAAGCACAAGCGCUAUGUAGACAUGUGGCGGGAGAGAAGGAAACUCGGAGACCAGGAUGGUUUCUACAAAACAGCUAACGCCGAGUCCCAGUUCUCCCCAGACAUCACACCCUUGAUGCUGGCCUCGCAGAAGAACCAAUACGAGAUAGUUCAGCUGCUUCUCCUGAGAGACGAGAGGAUCCAGAAACCUCACAAGUACAGCUGCGGGUGCAACGAAUGUGAUAACAAGAUUAGGUUCGAUCAGCUCCGACUGGCUAAGUACAGGUUAAACGCCUACAGAGGCCUGUCCAGUGAGGCGUAUAUCUCCCUUUCAAGUAAAGAUCCCAUUCUCACUGCGUUUGAGCUGGCAGCCGAGCUCAGAAAGUUAUCUAAAAUAGAAAAGCAUUUUAAGUUGGAGUACCGGCAAUUGGCCGACCAACUCAGUGAAUAUGUUGUCAAACUUCUCGACCGGAUUCGAACCCAGGAAGAGCUGGAUCUCAUCCUGAACAAAACCGGGGACCACACUACAGAGGCGUACGAGAACAUGGCAAGAUUUCAGUUAGCUCUUGAUUACAAGGAGAAGAGGUUCGUCGCUCAUCCCAACUGUCAACAGAGACUUGUACAUAUGUGGUACCGUGGCAUGAGAUCGUGGGACUGUAGCAGCUCUGUCCGGCGUCUGGCCAUUGUCUGCAUGUUCAUCCUCGCAUACCCAUUCCUGGUCCUUAUGUCCUUAGUGCACCCCACAGCAAAGUUUUCCAAGAUCCUUCUGUAUCCGUUUGUGAAGUUUCUCACUCACUCGUUCUCCCACCUCGUGUUCCUGGUGAUUAUCAUCGUGUCCACAGCCGAGUCGUCCUACACCAUAUCCAACGAGAAGACGCUCAAGUCGUUGUAUCCAGGCGACUUUGUUCGGUAUCACGAGUUCCGGAAUUUGACGAAGAAUGAACUGUUUGAUGUCGACUUUCCCCUGAGGUCGUAUGCGCCCACGGUGACGCAAGUGUUAUUGACGCUGUGGAUUCUAGGUUUUACAUGCGCCGAAUGCAGUCAAAUAUACGUCACGGGCCUCAUCGGACAUGUGAAGAAUUUGUUCAACUUGUUAGAUUUCAUGGUUCUGUCAACCUACUCUGGUGCCUUUACUCUUACCUACUUUACAAUGAUCAAGUUCCACUUAGCCGUGGACUUCAUUGCCACCGCCAACCUGACCGUCGAUAUCGAGAAGACCCACAGCAGCCUGUACUGGCUGAAUGCAGACCGGAUGUACUGGAACGUGUACGACCCAAUCAACUUAGCGGAAGGCAUGUUUGCUGUAGGGAAUAUUCUCAGCUUUUCUCGAAUCUCGUAUCUUCUCCCCGCAAACGAGACUCUCGGGCCUCUACAGAUCUCCCUUGGAAGGAUGAUCAAGGACAUUCUGAAGUUCUUGGCGCUGUUCUCAGUGGUCAUCCUGGCAUUCAUGGUCGGGCUGCAUAACCUGUACUGGUACUAUAGCUCCCGCCACGAUAUCGAGGUUGUGCAGCGCAAUUUCACCGUCAACGCCGAGAAGAGUUUUGGAGACGUAAUGGCGACGUUCCGGACUGUGUUCUGGUCCCUGUUUGGUCGAGGCGAACCAGGAGCAGUACAACUAGGUGAAUACAACCAUACGUUGACCCAGGAUAUCGGCUACUUCAUAUACGGCAGCUACAACAUCGCAAUGGUUACCGUUCUCCUCAACAUGCUCAUCGCCAUGAUGACACGGUCAUUCACUAAUAUUGCGGAAGAUUCCGAUGUCCAGUGGAAGUUUGCGCGAAGUCUCCUGUACAUGGACUACAUCCUGGAUGCCUUCAUUCUUCCAGUUCCUCUCAACCUCCUGCAAGUCCCAAGAAGCAUCUUUACUUCAAUCUUCUGUCCCUGUGAAUGCUCCUCCAACGAGGGCACCGUGAAAAGAUCAAGGUUUCAAAAUGACGCUGCUAUAGUUUCAGGGACGUCGAACCCUGCGUGUGAAACUACUGCAGUAGAGAUGCAUGAGAGCAAUGCAAGAAAUGGUGUGGAGGGAACUGUUUCCAGCGUUGCAGAUGACCUGAUGUUGCAGGAUAUCAAAGAGGAGCUUACCUAUCAGAAAGUCAUUCAGAGAAUCAUCCAGCGCUACAUCUUCGAUAUCCAAAGGGAAGCUGAGGUUACGGAAGAUGACUUCGAAGAAAUCAAGCAGGACAUCUCCAGCUUUAGAUACGAAAUGAUAAACCAAUGGAGGACAAGGGAGACUGUCCAAAAUGACAUGGCCAACCAUAUCAGCGCCAUAAACAAACACUUGGAUCUGUUGAAGCAUGGGAAGCGAGCGCGCGACAGUAUUACGGAAAACACAGAGGACUAAGUUUGUGAAUGGCCUCCACACUGUCAACACAUUGUGCGCUCAUCAUUCCUGUGGAUGAUUGUCAUGUUUAAUGCAAGAAGUUGCUGAACAGAUAUGUUAGAUGACGAUGUGAAUGUAAAACCAAUUAGUAAAUGGUAGCCCUUUACACAGUCAAGUUUAUGGGGUGAAGAGGUUGAUAGUCAACUGAUUUUGUUUGGAGCAGGAAAAAUGCCCCUCACACGUUGACCAAUUGUGUAUGAACCCUACAGUGACAUUUGAAACCCUGGCCAGAUAUUGUGAUGUUUGCCUUAUACACGUUGAUGAAAUAUGCAAAUGUAUCUGAGAUGUAAGCUUGCUCUGACGAUAGUAAGUGAACCUGCGUGCACAUUAGUCUCAGUCAGUGUUGUAAUCGACUGGCGAUACACGACCGUUUAACUCCACAACCUUCUUGAAACAUGCACAAUCAGUAUUUGCAUUUUUAUACGUGGGCUAUGUUUUGUCUGUUUUAUCUGUUUCACGAUACGAUUAAACAACAUAAACGCAUUCUACGUUCACUCCCUGAAAUAUUAGGGACCUACCAUUGACCCGUAAGGAGGAAAAUGUGAUAACUAAGGUAUUGUUUUCAAUUUAUACAAUAUAUGGAACAGAUUUAAGUAAUUAUGCACUAAGAAACCGGGUCCCGAUCCGCAAAGCGUUCGCAGCCUCAGGAACCAGUUAUAUUCUUAGACCAGUUAUAUUCUUAAACAUGUCACAGCGCUCCGAACAUUCUGUGGAUCGGACCCCAGUGCUUCUACUUACUUUGUAUUUUAGCUAUUACCCCUUUGUAAUUAUGCCAUUACAAACCUUAACACACUAAUCGAUUGAAAACGUGAUUAAUGGUUGGUCAAUGAAAUAUGUUUUUACUUUCAAGACAAUAUAUUUACUAAAGUUGUUUUUUUGUUUUUUUUUACCACAAAGGGUGAUCUAGUUGAUUGCCACUACAUCAGCAGGUUGCCAGUGAUUUUGUUUCGUUCGUUUGUAACCUGUUUCUUACAUCUAGAUGAAGGUGAACAGACCUAUCAUACAAAUGUUGCUCACUGAAAUAUGUUUUGCUUUCAAAACAGUACAUUUACCUUAGUUUUUUGGUUUUUAUGACAAAGGGUGGUCAACUUGAUUGCCACUACAUUAACAGGUUGCCGGUGAUUUUGUUUCGUUCUUCUGUGGUCUGUUUCUUACAUCUAGAUGAAGGUGAACAGACCUAUCAUACAAAUGUUGCUCAUUGACAUCUGAAAUCUGUCACGUGUGGAAAUCACUGGUGAUGUUACUUGUAAGUACAUGAAUGGUGUCUUGUACCUUUUGUUAUGCUACACAUAAUCUGCUUGCGAUGUUACAUACUAUCAAACCAAAGAUAACAGGAUAAUGUUGUAGUAAUCCGUACCGCUUUUACAUUUGAAACAUAUAUAUUUAUAUCAAUCUAAAGAUUGCUGACCCUUAUAUCAAAUGACACUUUUGCACAAAUGACUGUUCUUUAUAGUUCCCAACUGUCGUUUUUCAUCCAUCUAACAAUAUCAAGACAAGGUAUGGUAGUCACAGGGUCUCGAUGAUACUCCAUUACUACCGAAGUCAGUGAACCAUUACAUUUGAUGACAUGUCUCAGUAUGUGACUCAAGAGUUGAAUGACCAAAGUAACACAGAAAGAUAAGAGGCACACAGUGGAUUAAUGGUCUUGGAUUAUACACUUUUCAAACGGUAUAUUUCUGGUAUGACAGGGACCUGAAAGCAAUUAUUAAAUGCGUUACCUUAUCUUAGGCAUGAUAAAGAAUUUCUUUUUUAUUUAAGACACUGUUUUGCUGAUAAUCGUUUAUAAAUACUACGCACUGUUUUAUACUUGAUAACUGUUAUUUGCUCAGAUUGUGAAGAACUGAUGUUAUUGUAAGCGUGCUUUCUGUUCGGAUGAACUGACCAACAGGCUUUAUGCCUGACCUUAUUCAUGCCGAUUGAAGUCUAUUUUUGUAUGACUAACAUUAAAAGUGCCUAUUUAAAAUUAAAAGAAAACGAAAAGUAUAUGUGAAAUCUGAAACCAUAUUUCCAUUUCACAUUAGUUACACGUCUUCCUUCAACUUCGUACAUGUACAUAUUUGGUUAAAACUCAAGCUUGGUCUAAAACCUCCUCAAAUCGAUAUAUCAUGAGACUGGAAUAUGUUGUAUAAUUGACUAUUAAGAAAUUAGUGGGUUUUUUUAAAUUAACGCCAUUGUGUGUGUGAAUAUCGAUGUUUGUUUUUGUGCUUAUGUUUGUAAAUAGGUGUGUUAUUUAUCAACUAACCUUUGCUUUGUUGUAAUGGAAUCUCCUCGCUAGGAAUUAUCGGAAUAUCUCGUUCCUUAUCAAAAGACUUUUUAUCGAGACAAUUCAUUGAUAUUACGUUCAAUAAUUCUUUGUAUGCUACCCGUCCUUCGUUUGUAAUCCAUAGUGUGAAACACUCUUUGCUUGAACGUGGCUGUUCCGGAUGGAAUCGCCUUUGAAGUAUAACUACCUGUGAAAUAAUACUAAACCAAUACUAUAAAACGAUAACACGUUAAUACAAAUACAAAUUUGAUCUAUUAAAUGUGUUUGUCAUUGAAUAUUAACAUUGUAUGCAUUGUGGGUUGGUGGCGUAUUGCUAGGAGCUUGGUGAGCAAAGGGACAUCCCUUUCUGUGAUCUGUGAUUUUUUAUCUGUGAUUUCUGACAAUAUCCAUCUAUGUACAUCCAAGAAUUGUAAAUAUUUGUUUGUGAAUUUAAUCUGACAAUAUUUGUUAGGAAAGCUGUUUGGCUUUAUCUCCAUUUAAGAUUCCAUGUACAUUAAAAGUCGUUGCCUUUCUGUCUGCAAAGGCGUAUUUACCUGCAAUUGUGAUAACAGGUAAAAAAAUAAAAAUUAAAUCAUUAACUUUGCUUAAGUGAUGAUUCAAUUAUUUUGCCGCGUACUACAAACUCCAGAAAUAACCAAGUCUGACACUUGGACUACACUCGUCCAAUGAACAUGUCUUUAAUGUUUAUAAAAGUAGUUAAUGGUUGUUUCACGUUUUGGAAAGCACAGCAAAGAAAAGUGCCUUUUCUCUGCCAAAGUAUCGGAAUGGAAGGCGAAAUAUUGUCUCAUUUACUUAAGCGUGUACAAUAUUACAUAUAUAUUUAUACAUUUUGUAACAUUUCAUGCCAAAAGGGGUUUCGAUGCAUGACACCCAAACCUAUGCAUAUUUGUGUCUCGCAGACAUGCCAGGAUCCGAUGACCAUGAGAUCGUAUCCCAGAUUUGACGAAGCUUCGAUCGUACCCUAUGUUUUACCGUGUUUUACUAAGGUCGUAAGACAUCUGCCCCAUGUCUCGCUUUGAGCUCCCAAUUUAGGUUGACACACCCUCUUAAGUCUUAAAUGCUUUUCAAACUUUUGUUGUAUGAACCAGAUUUAAUUCUAUGGUUUUAGGAUCCAUAUUGACAGUAUAAAUAAGUUUGGUUGUGAUGCCACCUUAACCAAUGGGUACGACUUCCGCCCGUACCCCCUAAUUUUA